AUGAUGUCUUUGGCCGUGUUUCUGGUUGUUGUAGGCAGCUACACCACGAUUGAGCGGCCUGCAAACGCUAAACGGGCCAACAUCAACCACCCGCUGUUUGAUCCCACAGACCGCGACGAGACGUCGAUCCCAGACGCCGCGAUCGACGAGAAAAACGCUACCGCAAUGCCCAUUCUUGCCGGCAUCGUGUUGGUGGGCCUGUACUUUGCCAUUAAUAACUAUGGGAUCGAAAAAAUUAGCACCCUGCUGAACGGCUACCUUGUGCUGAUGAGCAUCAAGUCCAACGCCUUCGCAGUCACAUACACCAUCAAGACAAUCAAUAGAAAGAUCGCACAUUCGCUGGGCCGUCGCCCCAAACACCUAUCCACAAGGUUUGCAUUCACGAUCUCGGAAGAUCAAGAGAUCCACUCGUCUGGGGUGGAGGAAAAUUUCUUGCUCCCAGACUCGACCGAGGCGGAGAAAAUUGUCAAGAGCGAGCUGUUGCUCGAGACCCGCUCGGAUAUCAAGAAGGAAUCUCAGCUGUUCAACUACUACUUCUCGUACGCCGACGUGUACGGCUGGAUCCUGGGCUCGCUCACCACAGCAAUCUAUAUUGCAUGUGACGGCAAAAACAACUGGAUUCUCAGCAACACCCUCGGGGCCUCGUUCACUCUGCUGACCAUCUCGAUCUCCAGACUCCCGAGCUUCAAACCUGCAGCCAUCAUGCUCGUUCUAUUCUUCAUCUACGACAUCUACUUUGUGUUUGGGUCAGAUGUUAUGCUGAGCGUGGCCACCAAAAUUGACAUCCCGGUGAAACUGCUCAUCCCGCGAGGAAUCUCUGUCGAAAAGAACAACAUCGAGAUGUCCAUCCUCGGACUGGGAGACAUCAUCAUCCCUGCACUGUUUGUGUCGCUGUGUCUGCGCUUUGACCUGUACAGCUACCACCAAACGCAUCCGGACACCGAGUUCCACCAUCUGCAGAAAUACCCCAAGCCGUACUUCUGGAGUGCGCUUUCUGGCUACAUCUUUGGGCUCAGCACCACCAUUGCCGUGCUGCACCGCUUCCAGCACGGCCAGCCGGCUCUGUUGUACCUGUGUCCGUCGCUGCUGCUGUUCACGCUAGCCACGGCUGUGUACCGCAAAGAUCUCCGCAAAGUGUGGCAGUACAACGAGGAAGAGGACCUGCCGCAGCUUGAUCCUUCCACAGACAACGUUGUUUCGCCUGAGACGAUGCUUCUGGUGAAGUCUGCGUUCGCUGAGGACGAGGACGACGAUAGCGACUACGAGCCGGAGCCAGUCUCCGACUCCGACUGA